UCUCACUUUCAGACACCCUCGUCUUGAACACAGUGCCUGUUUAAUUCAGUUCAGUUGUCAGAGCUGACUCAUGUCGUGGCGCACCAAGUAGCAACUGCCAAAGGCGUCUAAUCCUCCGGUGUGGAAAGGAUCAGGGCGAGAGGACAGGACACGUCGGACAGGAGUUGUAAUCUCCAUCUGUAAUGAGGCGUGGGGCCCACAUCACGUCUCUGAACACUCAACUCUGAACCUGUUUGAGGAGAGGUGUUCACCCGGGAGGACGGUUCAUGGCAACAUGCGUGCACCUCUCUCAGAGAGAGCAUGACGGGAUUCUGGCUUCUGUAGGAACUUGCAAUCAGCUUUUCCUGACUUUUAUGAAUCAUUACAGAGGAAUCUGUUGGAUAAACAUCUGUUUGAAGCUGUUUUCUAAGUGAUUACUUUUUCGGAGUUGUGUAUAAAGGAUGUAAGACAAGGACCUGCACACUAAACAUUUAAAGAACUGCACACGAACAGCUGCUUUUGUAAACAAGCGCUUCCAAACUCAUCAAAUCUAUAUAUGUAUGCAUUUAAUAGUUUUUAGGUGUGAUUUUUAGUGACAGAUGGUUGGCAUGUCCUUUAAUGACUUGUUUUUGUGUGAAAGUGUAAUGCUGGCUGGGAGAAGAGUUAAUGGGUUUCUGUUUCGCAGCGCUCAUUAUUUAAGGCUGGUUGUUCAUCACGGUACAGACUGAGAGGACAGUCUUCUAUCUUUACUUUCCUUCUGCAAUCUAUGCAAGUAAAACAUUACUGAAAACUCAUUUUGGCAAGAUUUUGCUUACUGAAAAAAGCUCACCAGUUGCACUCGCUGGUUACUUUUCGCAGUGCAGAUUGUGAGGACAUAUUCUUUCUCCAAUGUUUAAUAGCCUGCAAAUGUCUUAAAGCAGAAUGAGGAUAUUUUGAUCAUUUUUAUCCCCUUGGCAUCCCUGGAUUUCUGAAGGAUCCUGUAACUGAGGAAUGUAGUGUGUGUCCUGUACGGGAAUCUAAUUUUUCAUAAACAUUGCACGGGAUUCGUCCGUUUAAAGCGAGAACCUGCAGCACUUCUUUCCUGCUCUAAAGAGAAAGGGUUGGAAUAUUGAUCAAUGCCCUUUUUACCCAGAGGUCAGAUGAACAGACGCGCUGUGGAGUCUGGAUAAGCCGGGUAGACGGGGCCCAAUGCUUCUCCUCAUUCUAAGAUGAAGUUAUGGAAGUUUGCUGCCAUCGGCCUGAUUCUCUGUGGUGCUGUGCUUCUCCUGCUCUUCCAUAAAACCACUCCCUCUUCCCGAGCCCCAGCCCCAGCCCCUCCUCCCCACCACAGAGCUUCAUCCUCAUCACUUUCACCUUCAUCAUCUUCAUUUACUCCCAGCAAUUCGUCGUCUACUGUUGUGGUAGGUCGGCGGCAACGAAGGAUCAGAUCAGCUGACAGAGGAAACUCUCUCGUAUCAGAAUUCAUGAAGAUCUUCCAGAGCUUCACAGAGGGCGAGUUGAAGCAGGUCAUCGGGACACUGGUGGAAAGGAAAGCCCGCAGAGACGCCCAGCAGAGCAAAAGGACUAAACGUGCUAAAAAGCGAGCCAAACCCUGCUCGCUGCGGGAGGUGGAGGUGACAGUCACUCAGCUGGGGUUGGGCUACGUCAGUGACGAGACUAUAGUCUUCCAUUACUGCAGCGGAAAGUGCACUACUAGUCGCAAAAACUAUGACCUGACGCUGGCAUUCAUGAAGCGCUCGCGGCUGCUAACAAAGGAGCAGAAGGACAAGGCUCGCCACAGCCCCUGCUGUCGGCCCACCGCAUACGAGGAGGACGUCUCCUUCCUCGAUAACGCCAAUAAAUACCACACAAUCCAAGAGUUCUCAGCCAAAGCAUGCGGAUGCGUCUGACGUCGAGGGUCAUAGCAUGUUUUAAUCUCUGAAAACUACAGACCCUUGAUUCCCGAGAAGAAAAUCUUCUGGGUUUUUAAAGCACUGAGGCAAGAGCAAAUUGAGAAAAAAAAAAAAAAAAAUCGGUUGGCAGAUUCUCCUCAGACACUUCUGAUCAAGAGAAACUGAAAAUACAUUGAGAAAAUAAUAAUUAUCCUCAUGUUUAUCCUUUGCGAAUGUGAUGCUGCCGAUAUCUUGUUUCUAUUGCCUCCGUGGGUCUACUUCAGAUGGCUUGAAAUGUUGGAUGGAUGUUGAGCUCAGAGUUUCAAUGGAGAAACUCAUUCAGGGCUUCAGUAAACAAAGCAAAGGCACACCCAGUGCUGAACAAAACUUGCUCAUUGUGUAACCGACCUGUAAAUGAGCCCAGCAGCUCUCAAAGGUUUCAACUCUGACAAAUCAAAGUCAAAACAUUCCCACAAAUCAAGUUCAAAUGAACAUAUAAUUAUACUGAACACCUACCUCAGCUUUGUUAUAGUCAACAUUGCUCUGUAAACCCCCCCCAGCAUGUUAUCAAAAGAUUUUCAAAUGCUAAAUAUCAUACAAAUGCAGAUUUGUAAAUGGCAACAGUGGAAAAACUGGAUUCGAAGGUAACCUCUCAGCAGCAGUCAGUGUCAGGAAAUCUGUGCCUGAGGUCUUCCCUUAGUUAACCUGAACAAAUCCACUUCGUUUGCAUAAAUCCUAUCACAGAAGAGUCUUAUCUACUUAGCUCCUGUCAGACCUUGGCCAAAAAUACAGAGAACUAAAGUGGAAAGGACCUACAGUAACUGCAAAAGUGUCCCGAUUUUAGCUCUAAGCUCCUGUGAUCAGAUGUCAAACAAGCACAGACACUGGUGAAACUAUCCACUCGUUCCGACUUUCUGCAGUCCAUCAUGUUUGCGUUGACAUAAAAACAAUAUUUUAUAAUUAUUAUAACAUUAUAUAAUGCUAUACUUAGUGGAUUACAGCUGCAAUAAGACACGCACACAGGAUGUCAACAGAUUGCAAACACGAUAAUUGCACGCAACGGUCAUCAGAACUAUUUUAUUUUUCUGGUACUAAGAAGGGAAUUUGGUAUAUAACUGAAGUACUGAAGGUAAUUUGGUGUAUAACUGAAGUGUGAUUGAAAUCAAUUUGUUGUCAGGAAGCAGUUGAGUGACCCUUUAAGCCACACGUAAGUCUAAUCAGUUCAUUAGAGCACUGAUGUAAUUACAGAACAAGACUUAAGCCCUAACAAACACCUGGCCUUAAAACCCAACAAACCUUGUGCUAACAAAGGUGUAAAGACUGUGUGCUACUGUAACAAACAUUCAUACAAACUUAUUUUGUAUAUUAUUUUGUUUUCACAUGGACAAAAAUAUAUAUAUAUAUGAAACCAAACUGAAGAUUUAUGCAAUACACUAAUGUACAGUAGUAAUGUGCAUGUUUACGGUUGUACAAAUCUUUUAGCAUGCUGAACUAGAACAAUUGUUAUGAAAUAGAAUCUAAUUCACCUCAUCAUUGCACAUUCAUAAUCAAAUACCAUAUGCAAAAGUGUCUAAGCUAUAUGUUUCUGGUAUGAUAUUGCUUUGGUGCACCAAUUCAAGGGAUGGCUCGGCCAAAAACGAAAAUGCAGUCAUGAUUUCCUCACCCUUAAUCUCCUUCCUUUCUUCUGUGGAACAUAAAAGAAGAUAAUCUGAAGAAUGUUUUGGCGAUUUUGGGAAAAGACAUUCCUCAAAUAUCUUCUUUAAUGAUGACAGAUUUUUCACUUUUGAGUGAACUUUUUAUAGUGGAAAAUAUAAUACGCCUAAAUAUUGUAACAUUUAAACUGACUGAUCUUAUUUGAGUCCAAGAAAUGUAUUCAUUUGACUGACUCGACUACAUCCUUACAAACAAAAUAUAACCAUCUGGUUUGAUAAAAACAGCUAGCUAAUAAUGUAUUUAUAGCACUUUUUUUAAGUGAACAAAAAAAAAAAAAAUCCACAUGAAAUCAAAGAAUCAAUCUGAGUAAUAAGAAAACAUGCACUCCUGUCUGAUCGAAAGAGUGACGUAUAAACCACUGAAAUCGAAAUCUGUCAGUCUGCGGUUAAUCAUGUUUGUUAAUUUCCUUUCAUUGAAGAUACUGCAGUGUUUGAGGAGUUCAUCUAUCUGUCCAUAUGGCCUCAGUCUCUUUCCACCUGCUGCAGUGGGACGUCCUGUUAACCCAGUGCGCACACACACACACACACACACACACACACACACACACACACACACACACACACACACACACACACACACAGCCUUUCAGUUUGAGCAUUGUUGGACACUGUUAACCAACUGUAAUAAACAUUGAUGCAAUGCAUCUAUAUAAAAAAACGAUGUAUAUUUAUUGAAGAGUAAGUUAUGGUUUGUUUAUUUAUUUAGAUGUAGAAUCACUGACUUAACGAGAACAUAUUUAUUACAUUUUUUUGGGUGCCAAAAAGAUCUCAUAUGUAUUGUAUUCGAUAUAUAACAUUUAAUAAACUGUAUCAGCUUUAAAACCA